AUGUCACCAGAAACUCCCAUCAAAAGGAAAAGAGGUAGACCACCUAAGGCCGGAUCCUUAAGUAACCAAAUUACCAGCACCAUGAACAUCAACGUCAAUACCUCAUCCACCUUGAGUAGUCCUACUGCCGAACUCAACUCCAGGAUGAUGGUGAAACGUGGGUUUGCUCCAGAUAUCUUGAAUCCUUCCAUGAUAGUUAGCCCUAGCCCAAGGCCAAGGAAGAAGAGUAGAAAGGGGUCCACCUCCUCGUCUCAGCACAGUGAUUAUUCUCCCCACAGCACAUCUUCCAGUAUUCCACUCGGUUUUAAUGUACAACAACAACAGAAGCAGUUCCAACAGCAACAACAACUUCAGAACCAGCAGUUACAGGCUAGCAGUAACUACAACAACUUUGUGAUAACCAAUACACCCCUUUCUCAGGCUAUCAAUGGUAUGGCGUUCACUCCUUACAAUCAGAUCAACCUGAAGACAAUGGAUAAUAUUUCCAUGAUCACUCAAGAUGCUAACUUUGGUCCCUCUAACGGUAUGAAUAAUAUCCACUUACCAGUGUACAAUACGCCACCCUCUUCAGCUUCGAGUAUUAAGAGUCAAUUUCAGACCAACUACUGGAACUCUCCUUCGUUUCUUAACCAGACGCCAGCUAGGGCCGGUGUUCCCACUGCUAAUAGUUUGCCAACUCCAACGCCAAGUUUGGUGAAGUCUAAUUCAGUUCUGAAUGCUUCUGUUAACAAGGAUUCACCUUCCAAUAAGAACUUAUUACCAGCUGCUGCAAUUGUUAGAAAGGAACAAGAAAAGAAGGACAGUCUGUUGGAGAACUCACUGCAACGACAGGAGCAUAUGCAACAACAACAGCAACAACAGCCUCAGCAAGAACAGCAGCAGGAAGACUACUUACUUCAUUCCAACGAUUUCAUUCUCAAGCUUAUGGUUGAUGAACUGGGCAAGGCAAUCUUGAGCGACGACUAUUUUUCUAAUCAGAAGGAGAAUGAAAAUAUUUAUGCAAAGAAGGAUAAUGAUGAUCAAAUCAUCUUCAAACCAAGACUUGGACAUGCCAAUUCGGUUAUUGGAAUUGAGCAGUAUCCUGACCAGCUGCAGGAACUGGAUCAACAACAUAGAUCUAAAUCUGACGAUAAUCCUGCAUUGCUGAAGUCAAAGUCGGUUUCUACCUUAAGCUGUGUUGCUGAGAGUUCUACUCCUUCUGAGCCUGCUUUGGUUCCCCCAACUACACCUAAGCUAAAGGAUAACUACCUUCUUUCUGCUCUGACCGGAUUCACUCCCAACAUCAAUUUGGCAUACAACUUGACCCCUCAUUUCAAUUCGUUAAUGUACUCCAUGAUGAACAAUUCACCGCAAGCAUUUGCUCAACAUCAAAGAAACAAAUCCAUUAAUGCUGCCCAAUUAUUUAAAAGCGAUGGACAAGAUUUCUUUACUGGCUCCGCUACAAGCAACGGCGCUAAGAAGGAAAAUAGUCAAGAGAAUCUCGAUGCGAGCAGCGAUAGCGAUGAAGACACCUCGAAGACCGUCAAUCUUUGUGAUUUGAUGAACCUUAAUGGUGGAGGUGCUAAUAAGGUGAUAAUACCUAACACUUCGUCUGCAAUUCAAUCGACCACAUUAACUCAAGCAUGUUCAACCUCAACCUCGUCUUCAUCCUCGGUAAAUUCUUCAGCAGUAUCAAGCACAUUUCCUCCAUUAUCGUUUAACACCAAUUCAAGUGGAUUCGUAAACGAUGCUAUGUUUGAUGACCCAGGUGAUGCAAGAUUAGCCUUGAGAAAGAUUAUUCAUGUGAAACGAGAAAGGAAUUAA